UGAACUGUAUGAAGUCUACUGUGCCGUUGCCGAGUACCUCUGCUUUCCAGACCAGUGGAAAAAUGUGUGUAAUUGUAAAUGUCAUCUGUCUACAUCUCCCGUGUAGGGUCACACUUUGAGAUAUUUCGGUUGGAGAUUACAGACAGUUGAAGAGUUGAGAGAAGCAUUUGAAUCUUUGCUGAAAUGACACCAGGCUCAAAGCACUCACUUGUGAUUUCAAGGGCAGGCAUUGAAAGGAACUGCUUACUACGGUACCAACAACAGAAACCCAGAUCAGACAAUAUCUGCUGUUUGCCACCGUCCAAACAAAAAGGUCAAAACUGUACGAAAACAUCCUCCUUCUGGACCCGUCUGAAGUUUGGUUUUAAGGAUCGGGUGAGGAUGGAGCAAAGAGAACCUACAGUGGACCCUGUCCUUGAUGGGAUCGAGGGGAAACUCAAGGAAUUAGCAUCAAAGUGGUUCAUAGAUACUCAAGUACCAUUUAUCGUGAAUAACGGCCUUUUCCCCACAUGGUUUUUGGGCUUCAUCACCAGAAGGGAUGCUGAAGAAAUACUCAAGGAAAAGGAGUUGGGCUGUUUCCUGAUCCGUCUUAGUGAUAAGGCCAUAGGAUACAUUUUGUCAUAUAGAGGGAGCGAUCGCUGUCGGCACUUUGUGAUCAACCACAGUGAGACAGGACAGUUUGUGGUUUGUGGCGACACUGAGGGACACAAUACCAUGCCUGAGCUCAUCGAGUACUAUAAGACGAGGCCCAUUCAGCCAUACGGAGAGUAUCUGACAACUUCAUGUUUUGAGAAUCUCAACGAGGACUUCUACGACAUCAUCCAGAUUAGCCCAAAGGACAAACCUACUGCUGCUUUCAGAACGGCCAAGAAUUUAAAAAAACUGCAGAUCCACUCCAGCACAGAGCAGCAACCACCGAGGCAGCUGAAGAGCAACAGAGGCCAAGAGGAAGUACCCCCCUUGCCCCGAAGGAGCAGGCUCCUGGACGGUACCCUGACUGAACUCGACAACGUCCAGUACGCUCUGCUCAGGAAGCAAGCUCCAAGGGAGAUCCCCAGGGUCCAACACAUUUCACAGGACAAUUUAUCUGCAGCUCAGAGGACAACGGACAGUCAGAGCAGUGGCAGACUCAGUCCUCCGUCAGAUCCGGAAUCUCUUUACUCUGAGCUCAACUUGCUUGAGUGUAAAAGCCGAUCCCUGCCUCUGCUGGACACCCGCUCCAACGGGGAUCAGUCCCACAGGCUGAGCGUUCCGCCGGACACGCCGCCGAGGCUCUCUCCCAAGCCGGUCAGACAGGUCCCCAGCAGCAACCCCCGGCUUCAGAAGACGGAUGUGGCCGGCCGGCCCAAAAGCAGCUUCAGCGCGGACUGUAUGACCGACCACACGGUCUAUUACCUGGCCGGCCAGCCGACCAGACACAGCCCAACGUCCUUUGACAACAGACUGACACCGCAGCUGGACACUGAUUCCGUGUAUGCCGAGGUCACCGGUGAACCCCCCUUUUUCACCCAAGACACCACAUAUGAGCCACUCCCUGACCACGCCGAACGGGUCAAGCUGAAACCCAACAGCAACAUGUACGCACCUGUGGAGGACAUGAGACGCAAAAAUAGCCCCUCCUCUGGAGUAAAGUGUGACAAAUGGAAAUGGCUCUUCCCCGAGGCCAGGAGAAAGUAGUGAAGAUGUUCCCCAAAAAGCAAAGACUCUGUUAACUUAAUUUCACGCGUUUUACACUACUGUGCAACACAUUAAUAAACACUUUUUUGCAACAGAAAACAACCG